CCCAACCUCCCCGCCAUUCUCCUCCAUCUCUCUCCCACGAGCUUGUUGCGCGCUGCAAGGCACGGGCACGGGCACGAUGCGCAACACGCUCAUAUUUGCCGGCAAUUCGUGCCCGGUUCUCACGGGACAGAUCUGUGAGAACCUGGGCAUGACACCUGCUGACGCGGAGUUGACUCAAUUCUCCAAUGGCGAGACCAGCGUCAGGAUCUUGACUAGUGUUCGUGAAAAAGAUGUCUUCGUCGUCCAGUCAGGCAGCCCUCGGAUCAACGACUCCAUCAUGGAACUGCUUAUCAUGAUAUCUGCAUGCAAGGGCGGCUCGGCAAACAAAGUAACAGCCGUUCUGCCGUAUUUUCCCUACAGCCGCCAGUCAAAGAAGAAGUCUCACAGGGGUGCCAUCACUGCGCGCAUGCUCGCCAAUCUUUUGGGUGUUGCCGGUGUGAAGCAUGUCAUCACGGUCGACCUUCACGCGUCACAAAUGCAGGGCUUUUUCAAAUGUCCCGUGGACAACCUGCACGCCGAGCCCAUAAUUGCCCAGUGGAUCCGACGUAACGUCGUUAACUGGCGGGAGGCCGUGGUGGUGUCUAAAAAUGCAGGUGGCACCAAGCGAGUGACCUCGCUUGCUGACGCUCUCAAACUCAACUUCGGCAUGGUCACAACAGAUCGAAAGCGGGGGACAAACAUGACUGCAAGCAUGAUCAUGAGUCACCUGGAUGCUGUUGAGCGGAAACCCGUACUUGAGCAAUCCAUGGAUAACGCCGCAAUCGACUCGAGCAAUGUGGCGGAGGCACGGAAUGUCAGUCGACAAGAGAGUCCGCCGCGGAAGACAAGGACCAUUGCGGAUCCCACCGGCUCGCCAACGAGGCGCGCCGAGGAACCCUCUAAGACGUCAAGCAAAUCUUCAGCCGCGUGUAAGACGGAUGCGACGCCGCCACGGCAAUCUCUUGAGGUGCCUGCACCAAGCGAUCAGGACUAUGAUGACCGUCGAGCACAAGAAGUCAUCCAUGGUCGGCUUGUGCAAGGUCGCAUUGUCGAAGAUGAUUUUCCAUCUCCCGCAAGGUCGGCGACAGACAAUAGCAUCCCAGACGACGACCCCAUGGCCAUGUCCCAUGCCUCGUCAUUCUUCGUACCCGAGCGGCAGUCGCUAGGGGGAGGUGGAGACCCAGCUACCAGCUCUGACGAGGAGGACAACGCCUUCCAGAAUCCAAAGGCAGAGCACAUGAUCACUCUCGUGGGCGAUGUGCGAAACCGGACAGUCUUUAUAGUCGACGAUAUGAUCGAUAAGCAUGGUUCUUGGAUUGCCGCCGCCGAGACUGUUGUCAAGAAGGGACUGGCGAAGAAGGUGUAUUGCAUUGCGACCCAUGGCGUCUUUGGAGGGGACUGCCUGGAGCAAUUGCAGGCAUGCGAGUGCAUCGACACCAUCGUCGUCACCAACAGCUUCCCCAUCAACCAGGACAAGGCGAAGAACAUCAGCAAGCUGGUGAUUCUUGACCUUUCUUUUCUCUUGGCUGAGGCCAUCCGCCGCAACCACUAUGGCGAGUCUAUAUCCCCACUGUUCCAGCACACGGGAGACUAAGCUGAGUUGGCCUGGGGGCAUGUGGUCUCCUUCCCGGGCUAGUGCGCGCGCGCAGAGCCACAUAUCGGGAAUCCUGUGUUGCACCGUUUGCUUUUCUCCCUUCCCGGCAAGCGUGGCGUUUAGGAUGAAUUUUGGUAAGGGACCUGGAAGUUGUUUAUCUGCCCCUUCCUGGGUUGAUGAAAGCCUACAACUAGAAGGCAAUGACGAACGGCACGGUGCACUGCGGCAGCGUAGGUCUUCCAUCCCUCUGUUGGUGAAUUGGUGCAUGGCGGGAUAGUGUAUCCUCGAUUCCCGUGACGUGACUCAUGCCCAUUACCACCGUCUCUUUAUCAUUCUGAUCCCAGCGGUGCUGUCGCUUGCGACGGCAAGGGUCCGAUUCAACCUAGAAUGGAUUCUUAACGGAACGUUGGUAGAUAAAAUUUCAUCGACCCGAGAAGGCCCCUCUCCCAAACCCUUAUGGUUGCGGCGCUUGCGCCGGUGGGAUAGGGGCAAGAGAACUCGUCGAACAUGACUGUGUAUGAAUUUUUCUAUCUGCAGAAGACGUAUAGCGUUGCAUGGCGAGGCAGGAAAUGACGAAGCAAGUACCUGCGCGGUUCUGAACAGUAAAGGGCCAUCGUGGCGGACGUGGGGUGGUGCCUCAAAUUUGUACCUGCAAAUUACGAAUGAUCUCUACAUCUAUAUAAAGAUAGCCACUGAAAGCGC